UAAAUCUUAGAUAAAUUUAAAAAUCUACAUGUGUUUGUCACGUUUUCAAAUUAUAAGUACCAUAUGCAAUAGAAUCGAGCUAAAUACGUAAACUUCACAAUGGGCCAGCCAGAUAGCAGUUGCCGUAAGUGGGGUCUGAAAACGGCGAAAGGUUCCUGCGAGCAGUCUUGUUUCGAACCAAGGGCUGCACCCUGUGCCGAUUAUAAAAUCGUUGAGGUAAUACCGAGAGAGGUCAGCGUUAUAAAAAACUACGCGGAGUUAGAAGACUAUGAGCGGCCCCAUGUAAAUAUUGAGGCAGAGUGCUGCAAGCGGGCUCCACCUAUGUUUCCCGAUGACUCGAACAAGGACUGCUCCAUUUGUGCUGCUCAGAAUGCCAAAACGCGCAAUAAUCUGUGCUCUGCAGAAUGUCGGCCGCUAAAAACUAUGUUGCACCUGGAAGAGUGGACGAAACGGCCGUAUCCAAAGCCAACGUACAAGAAUUGCGUAUGGCUGGACAAUGAAACCGUUGUUGGUCGUGCAUUUCCAAUGAAAUUUCGCUUUAGGCGCUUUAAAAAUAAGUGCAACGAUUGCGGAAGAAAGUUAUAUUUUCGUGACGCACCUACGGAAAAUUCCAACCUAAUACUGCUCUCAAAUUGCUGUGACGUUGAAGUUUACCACCAAAAGAAAGUUGACAAUAUGCAUCUUGUGCCUGUAACUACCAUAACCGGUCUGAAGAAUUUCUCCAGAAAAGUCAUUGCCGAGAAAUCUCUUACAAAUCUGAAUAAAUACCUAUAGACUAUUACAAAUGUACAUCUGUAA